UCUUUUUUUUUCUUUCUUUUCUCUCUCUCUCUUAUAGAUCAUACUUUGUAGUACUAUCCAUAUAUAUACAUAGAAAUAUAAUAAUGAUGAUAGGUCCUCAAGGUCUUUUUCAAUGCUCUAUUUUAUCAUGUAAAGACGCUUGGCAAUUAGCAGAACUUUGUUCAUGUCUCAUACCACAUAUUUGGACAGGGCGAAUAAGUAGAUCAUCAUCAUCAUCAAUUAUCUCUUUAAAACAACGUGGAACAUCAUCAAAUCAUUUAUUCAAACAAUAUUGUCAUAGAUUAUUCAAAGAUACACAAAUAUCUUCUGGAUGUAUUGUAUUGGCUCUUUACUAUCUCCAACAACUACGAUCUACAUAUCCCACUCUCCGAGGUACUUUGGGUUCUGAAUUUAGAAUCUUUACAACUGCACUUAUUUUGGCAAACAAAUAUUUGGAUGACAAUACAUUUACAAAUAAGACUUGGUCAGAAGUAUCAGGAAUACCUCUACAAGAAUUGAAUAUCAUGGAAAGGGAAUAUUUGACUGCAUUGAAUUAUACUCUUCAUGUACAUUAUAUUCGAUUCUGUUCAUGGGCUAAUCAAUGUGAACAAUGGAUGAUAAUGCCUACUGUAUCACUCAAACGAUCAUUAUCUAAUAAUCAUUAUCCAUUACAACAACAACAUCAAUCUCAUCAUCAUCAUCAUCAUCACAUUCGACGUCAUGACCCCUUACGAUCAAUAUCACAGACUUCUUUAGCUUCUGAACGACAAAGAUACAUCAAUAAAAGGAAACGAAAAAGAAUGAUUUCACCAUCAGAACGUACUGGUCUUCCUUCUUUUUUACCAGUAGUACUACCAUCUUCAAGAACUGAUUUGACUUUAUUACCAUCCCCAGCAUCAUCAUCGUCAUCAUCCACCAUAUCACCAUUAUCAUCUUUAUCACCCUCAUCAUCAUCAUCAUCAUCAUCAUCGUCAUCAUCAACUUCAACCAUUUUAAAAACAUCAAUGAUGAGUUGGUCAUCAUCUAUGCCCAUUAUAACCAAUUCUGGAGCCACAGCAGCAGCAAAUGCAGCAGCGUAUGUUACAUAUCAUCAUUAUCAUCAUUUCCAACAACAACAAUGUCUUAACCCUGCAUCACUUGAGAAUCGUAUACGAUGUUUAGAAAUAGAAUAGUUGAUUAUUAUAUAUGUACAUAUAUGUAGAAAUAAACUCACUCUCCGUUCUUCGUCUCUUUUUGGAUAUGUGAACAAAUAAACGUUGAGAAAAUGUGGUUUGAUUUUUGACCUU